AUGAAAGAUAAUGUCGACAAUAAUGAAGACCCCACGUCUACUAGCAGUAGCAGUAGCAUCGCUGAAGUCGAAGACGAUUCCUUUUUUGACAACGCCGAAAAAGAUUUAAAUUCCUCUAUUUGCCCUGAGUCCAAUCAUGAUGUUACUGGUGACAAGGACGAAAACUUCACUCCCUUGAAACUUUCCAGUUCUACUUCAGAAGCAAAGUUGGAUAAAAAUAAAGAUCUGGUAUUUGAUACGACAAGAAAGUUCCCAACUGACCGUGGUCAUUUUAAAGGAAAACAUAACAGAUUGUGAUUUGAAAAUAAUGGUUAUGGAUCACGAGUCAUGCAGACCGACAGGACCUUUCGAAUAUGAAGAUGAGGAAGGGAAUUCAAUAGUGAAUUUCAGUGCCAGAUACUACAAUAAGUAUAUUGAUAAUAUGUCAAUACAAAGACUUUGGUUAUGCUAUUCAAUGGAACUGCAAAAACCUUAUUGCGAAGUUUGUUGGUUGUUUGCUGAUCGUGCAUCACCAAAUUAUGAAAAUCAUAGAGGAUGGAUAAAUGGUGUAUCUGGUAGCUUGCAUAAUAUGCUUGAAAAAAUUAAGAGGCACGAAGCUUGCAACAUGCAUAUUCAGGCAACUGCAGUCUAUAUGAGAUGGAAAUCUGGCAAGACUGUGGAUGAAAUAAUGAGAAAGAAAUCAGAAACAAUGCUCUCUUCUGGGUUAAAGUUCUUGACCGAAUCAUAACAAUAAUUUUGACUCUUGCCACGCUAACUUUGGCAUUUAGAGGUCACAACGAGCACGUUCAUGAUAACAUUUGUGAAGGUGGAAACUUUCUUGGUAUGGUAUAUCUGAUGGCUCAGUACGACGAGAUUCUUGCAAAAGUUAUCUCACUUCCCGCCCGUGCAACAAAGUAUCUUAGCCCAAAAAUUCAAAACGAGUUAAUAGAACUUCUAGCAAAAACAGUCACAGUUUCUUUGGUUCACAAGAUCAAUGCUUCGCCAUUUUGGGCUCUCAUUUUAGAUUCUACUAGCGAUAUAACUAGAAUUGAUCAAUUAAGCGUUAUAAUACGGCGGGUCCAGAUAGAUGGGGACAAGUGUAGUAUUGAAGAAAACUUCUUGGGUUUUGUAAAAUGA